UUUAAUUUGGAAAAUAAUUUAUAAUUUGGAACAGAGGAACUACCAUAAAUACAAAUGCUAGGUUCUAGUGGUCAUUUGAAGUAAAGAAUCCCUCUAACUUUCCUGCCUGUUUCUCCAACGCCGAAGCCCUUUUCGUGGUUUACUGCAAAUGUUUUUUGUUCUCUGCUCGUUGCUGCUCUGCUUGCAGUCCAGUCCGACUCGGACUGUCCGAGGACUGAUUUCCGCUGAUUGUGCCGAGUCCGAGAACUAAUUUCGGCUGUCUUGGGCCGAGUCCGAAUCUAGAUUGGGAGAUUGUGGGCCAUAUAUAUAUGGACACACCGAGACCUUCUUUGGCCGGCGCCUUCUCUGCAACCUCCUCGCCGGGACAGCACCAGCGAAGCGCUUCCAUGCUGCUGGGCUGCGGCGGCGGCCAGCGCCGACGCCUCAGCCUCGUACGACGGCGCCGAGGAGGAGGAGGAGGAGGAGGAGGAGGAGGAGGAGGAGGAGGUGUGGGAUCGCAUGCUCCCCCCGAACCACCCCCAGACCAUCCGGGUGCAGCGCAUCGCCGACCACCUCAUCGCCGCCGCGUGUGACGACACGAACUACGGGCCGCGGAGGCUCUCGGCGAGGAUCCGGCGCCCCUUCGACGGCAUCCACUGGACCGUUGGCGUGGUCGACGCGGGGGGGUACGUCACCGGGUUCAGCACCGCGACCGGCGACAUCGUGGUCUCCACGGGGCUCCUCUGGUGCCUGCGCCAGGACGACGCCGUCGCCGCGGUGCUCGGGCACGAGGUCGGGCACGUGAUCGCGAGGCACAGCGAGAAGAGGGCGAGGAACUGGUUCCUGGCCGGCCUCCUCGCCAACUUCGCCGGGGAGCUUCUGCUCCUGCACGACGACGCGCCGCCGGAAGAUCGUGCGGCGGCGCGGAGCGAGUGGCAGUCGCUCUUCAUGCGGCCGUGCUACCGCAGCCAGGAGUACGAGGCGGAUCGCCUCGGGCUCCUCCUGCUCGCCGCCGCGGGGUACGACCCGCGCGCGAGCCCGCCGAUGUACAGGAAGCUCGGAGAGAUGGGGGCAGACGCGGCGGCGGACGACGUGGACGCGACGCAUCCUCCGAGCGCGAAGAGAGCUGAGCGCCUGUCGGAGGCCAAGGUCAUGGACCAGGCGCUGGAGCUGCACAGAGAAGCAGCUCUGUACGGCAAGGGCGCCGCAGCUCGAGGUUCCUGGACUUGGAUGACUCGAAAAUUCUACGGAAAUGCCGAAUUUCAUGUGCCUGUGCACGAGAAGACAAAUUCAGGCACUUAAAACUUUCAUUUUUGUAUGACGAAUUUUUAUGAGAUUUUACAAAAUUUUGUGUCUAGUGUCAC